CUUUCAACACUCAGCAGCACCGCUUUAACCACGGCUGGUAGCUCAACACUGCAGGAAAAUGUAUGUCGCCCUUGCACACAGUGAGUGACACACGAGGGGGAAUUUGUAGCUCAGCAUGUGCUCCGUCGUCGGUUGUGAUUCGUGGCGACACAAUGUGCAGCGGUUCAGUUUACCAGAGGACCCAGAGAGGAGACAGGAGUGGGUCCAGUUUCUUUUCGAAGUCAACGGGCAGCGACUUAAGGAAUCGUCCUGGACUGAUAUCACCAUUUGCAGUAAGCACUUCACAGAUGAUUGCUUUGUGACCGGCACGUUCCAGCUGACGCCCGGUGCUGUCCCCUCACUGUGCAUCAAAACAGAGCCAGAAGAACCCGAGCAGAGCCCGCAGCAUGUGGAGCCUACAGAAACCACACAGAUAUUUCCCCAGUGUGAUCAGCUAGAAGCAUAUCAAAGUCCAGUAUCCUGUGUGGAAGCAUCUCUCCCUUCAGUUGAUGCCCCAGGAACCCAAGCGCCAAGUGAUGUUUCUGAUUCUCUCAUGUCUCAUUGUGGUGAGAUGAUACAAAACAUUGAGAACAUUGAGAUGAUCCGGGAAAAGGCUGCACUUCUUCGGGUGAAAGGGAAGUACAUUGUGAAUGAACAUCGGCUCCUCCAGUUGUUCAGCUCCAAGUGCCCCUUCUGCACUUCUGCAGUAAAGAUGGAGAAGGUCACCCAUGGGGUGCUCAUCAUCUUGAACCAGCAGUGCAUUCAGUGCGACUACAGAAAGCAGUGGAAAAAUCUAGCCAAUGCCAGUGUCCCCAAAGCUGCGGGAGACACAGAAGUAACUUCAGAGAUGGCAUCAACAUAUGACAGUCACAGCAGUUUGAUAACUACCUCUGGGAUUGUCAGGGCUACAGAUGAGGAGGGCAGUAAUCCCAUGGAUGAAACUGAGGAAUCUGAUGAUAACCACAUGGACUCAGAUGAGGACUGGAUUCCAUCAGAGGAGUCUGGUGAGCUGUAUAAUAAGUCUGAUGAGGAAAGUGCAUCUGAACAUGAUGAUUAUCCUUCCCUAUCCCUCAAACCCAGUCACCUCUGCACAGACUGUGGAAGGUUUUUCCAUCGACGAAAGCCUCACACAUGUGAACACAAAAUUAAGCCCUAUUCCUGCAAUGUUUGUGGCAAGAGGUGUGUUAGUGAGACUGCUCUAAGUUCUCAUAACAGGAUUCACGAUGAAAACUAUGAGCAUCGGUUCAAGUACUGUCGUGCUGCGUUCAAAAAAAAGGUGGAGAAACUCGCUCAUGAGCAGGCGCACCAAACUCAAGAAAAGCCUUACAAAUGUCCAGACUGUUCACAGACAUUUACCACAUAUAAGAAGCGUAAAGUCCACUUGAAAGUUCACAGAGGCCCUAAGCUGUUAAAAUGCCAUGUCUGUGGGAUGGACUUUAACCGACGUCAAGCUCUCCACAGACAUUCAUCGGUGCACACAGGAGCAAAGCCCCAUAAUUGUUCAGUGUGCCAGCGGAGCUUCAGCCAAGCGAACCACCUGAAAUCCCACAUGCGCCUGCACACAGGGGAGAGACCCUACAAGUGUCAGCUCUGUGAUAAAUGCUUCAAUCACAACGUGAGCCUGAAGAAUCACGUCCAGCAUUGCCACACAGCAAGCUCUGGACAAAAGAAAGGUGACACUGGUUCUGCUAGGGGUGAGAUGGGUGCGGACUCGGGGCUUGACAUCAUAGAGGAAGAGCAGGAUCAAAAUGACGUGGCGCAGAAGGAGAAAAUGCGUAUUCCAGAAAAUAAGAGGAGGAGCACAGGUAGGCCCAUGGGAAGGCCCAAAAGAAGUGCAGCAGUGGGAAUGAAGGAGCAGGCUCCUAAAUUUUAGACUGUCACACUAAAAGCCCGGACAUUUAAAAAUUUUUAUAUAAUAUUGGAAAUAUCCUUUUUUUUUUUCCUUUUU